UAUGACCUGUCCGUCAGCUGAGAGGAAGUAGUGGCACAGCCAACAGUGAGCCAGGCUGCUGGGACUAGUAGGCUCAGACAUGAAUUCCUUGGAACAGGCCGAAGACCUGAAGGCCUUUGAGAGAAGACUGACAGAAUAUGUCUCUUGUUUGCAACCUGCAACAGGCAGGUGGAGAAUGAUUUUGAUAGUGGUGUCUGUUUGUACGGCUACUGGGGCUUGGAACUGGUUGAUAGACCCUGACACGCAAAAGGUGUCAUUUUUUUCAUCACUUUGGAAUCAUCCGUUUUUCACCAUCAGCUGCAUCACUUUAAUAGCUCUCUUCUUUGCCGGGAUACACAAACGAGUUGUUGCACCAUCAAUUAUUGCUGCCCGGUGUCGGACAGUUUUAGCAGAAUACAACAUGUCUUGUGAUGAUACAGGAAAGCUAAUUCUUAAACCACGACCAAACAUUCAAUAACCGCAAGCUUGUGUGAGACAGUUAGAAUAUGAACCUGGUCUUUGUUGGUAUCAGCUGAUCGCUCUGCAUCCUGAGUCCUUCGGAUGGUCUGUGUGGUUGAAAAAACAGCAUCAAUGCAGAUUUUGUCACCAUGAUAUAAAUCCAUUUGGGAGAAACAAGAUGAAAUGAACCUACGGGACCUUUUAACAGUGUCGCUGUGUGAUGUCACCAAUGAAGCUGCUGAUCUGCUCACAGUCUUUGAUAUAUUUUACUCAUUCAGUGUGAGUCAGUUGUGUUUAUAUCUGUUUUCUGAUGUCGAGCAUGUAUUUUAUCUAAAUGUUUCCAUUUUUAAAGUUAUUUACCUAAUAAAUCUUCAGGUGUGAAAA